GAUCUCCCACUUUCCUCAGCAGACAUCAGCCAGCUACACAGGCGAACACAGCUCUCUGAUUCACACACAUACACACGCGAGCUGUCUCUACCUGCCGCUGCAACACAAACCAGAGACCACAACAACAACACUGGGACUUCAGACUUCCUGCGCCCCCUGAUCCGCAUCGAGUUUUACACACAAAAACGGAUCCAAGCAGGAGACAACCGCUGCAGCCUGCACCUCUAACGCGGAUCUACGGCUGCAUUAAGCUUAAAGCGGUUUAAGGAAUCCUUUAACCUUUUAACCUUCGCUGGUGACCCUACUCUGCCCGUGCCACAAUGUCCGAGGUGCUGCCAUACAACGAGGGGAAGAUGAGCGGCUACGGAGCGGACAGCGAGGUCAGCCAGAUGUCCUUUAGCUGCGGACUGCAGGACACAAGCGCCUUUUUCGGCGCGUCGCAGGCGAAAAGACCCCCGAAGCUUGGACAGAUCGGCAGAGCCAAGCGAGUGGUGAUCGAGGACGACCGAAUAGACGAGGUCCUGAAGGGGAUGACAGACAAGUCUUCACCCGGUGUUUAAACAUGAACGAUGCCUUGCAGACUUUUUAAUUUUGAUCACCGAUUUGAAGCACUUGCCGGCUGUGCAUGUUCGAGGAUUGCGGGAGAAAACGACGGCACGAAGCGAGGUUGGCUUGACUCAAAGGUAGACGGGAAGAAAAGGGCAAAUGAGGGGAAAUGGAGAAGGCUAAAGGAAGAAAAAUGAGGAAAGAAGAUGGUGAAGAAAGAGAGAGAAAGACUCUGGAAAAGACAAAGAAUUAUCAUGGGGAUUGCUGGCAAUUCUCCAAACGAAUCCCGAUUUUAAACUAGUGCUGCGCAGCACGAUGUUGAGAUGGCGGACCCUGCUCUGUGUCUCAGCCUCUGCUGACUUUAAAGAUGGAUGAACUUGUCAUUACUUCACCACCAUCUCUUUUUUCCAAACGCGCUGUAAGCAACAAAACACUGCAACUGGAGGCUGAAGCUAAAAAUCCCAGUCCUAUUUCAAUAAGUUGUACAGUAGGUAGAGUGAGCUCUCAGACGCCCCCCCCCCUUUAGGCUCUGCUUUGUUGAUUCAGUCGGCGACGGUGCAUUCAAAGGAGCUGUCCUUUCAGCACUGGUCCAAUGCAUUCCUGUUACUGCUAACGCUUUUGAAAAACAGACCAACCAAACUCUCCAGUCUGCUAAAUAGAGGAGAUCUAUUGUAUGUAAAAACAUAUAUCCGGGGGAUGGUGCAAUGUUAAUAUUUUCUUUAGUAGAGCCCUUUUUGUUCCUGGCCCUUUAAAGAGCAUUAGGCCACAGUUUAAAACUGAACCAACACGGGCUACAAUCUUCUUCUGCAAUUACCCAUAAGUGGUCAAAGGUGUAGGAUGGCACCUCCAUGUAGCUGAUUUACACGGCACAUAUCUUUAAUUUCUUCUCUUUUUUUGGUUUGCAUUUGUCAAAAUGCUCAGAUAUCUACAGAGGCCAGCAGAGAUGUGGAGAUUAUACUCAAUGUUUAAAAUAGUAGUCAUGAAAUUGAUGGGAAAAAAAAUAAUAAUUUGGUUUUAUUGAUUUAGCUAUUAUUCGUGUUUUGUCCUCGAUGAGUUUUUUCUCCAUCUAUUUGCAUGAACUUUCACUCCGGUGCCAAGGUAGGUGCCACUACUCUUACCCUGGCACGCUUCUUUUUAACAAAAGUCAUAUUUGUAUUUUUAUAUCUAAAUAUUUGUUAUUUAAAUGAUAUGCUAGUCUAUCGUCUUACAGUUCAUCAACAAAAAUAUUUCUACUUCAGAGCGGAUAUUCAGAAUGAGACUGGGCUUCAUGGAUGGGAAUCUGAGAUUUAGGUGGACUGGUCUCGUUCUAUAUCAGAGGUUGAGUUUUUUAAAAGACUUACUGAAUGUGUCUGGGGUUUUUGCACACAUCAAUGUUAAACUAUUAUUAAGAAAUCGUAUACUGUGACUUGAGCUUCGUUGAUGAAUUUGUUAGAAAAUCGCAGUUUUAGAGUAUAUUGCACUGUUUACGAGUAUCCUCAAAUAACACGUCGUUAUUUGACCGAUUUUGGACAUUAUAGUUUUUUUUCUGUUUGUUUUUUUUUAUUUUGUUUAUUUUGUACCAUUAUUUUAAAGAAACUGGAUAUGGUUUGUUGUGCAUGAAACCUUAAUAUUUUCAAUAAUGAAACAUCGUUUUAUGAAGCAAAAAAGCAACAAAAAUGUCAUGACAUUCUAAGAAUGAGUCAUUGUAUAUUAUGAUGCCAUUUUCACUGUAUUUGGUGAAUUAAUAAAUGGUGAAAGAAAAUGUUAA